CAUCGAUCUCUCUCUAUAUGUGCUGAAAAUUUAUUCAGUUCUCUAUAUUAUUUCCUAGGCUGAAGUCAUAUCUUUCCGGCGGCGGUGGUGACUGAAUUACGGCAUUGAUGAAAAUGGCCAACUUAUUAAUAAAGAUCCCCAAUUUAUUCAUAAAAUGGGCCUACUUUUUUAUGAAGACGAAGACGAAGAGGAAGAUCACCAAAUUUUUGGAAAAGGAAAACAAAGAAGUCUUAUUGACAAAUCUACCACAAGACAUAAUGAGAGAGAUCCUCGAAAAACUCCCAAUCAGAACCAUUAUGAGGUGCAAGUGCGUCUGCAAAUCAUGGCGCGACAAAAUAGAAGCGACUGACUUCGCUACCUUCGAUAAAAUCCACAAACUUCUCCACACCAUCGUUUUCGAAAACAACGACAUGCUAUUUAAAAGCAAGCACGGCCAGCUAUUCAUCUACUCCAAAAACACCGAACCUCUCGUGACGUAUUCCUUCCUUCGACAAUUCCCCAGCUUCCGUUUCCAUCCCAACGUCGUUAUCUACACCCCAAGCUCGCUCCCGGUGGAUAAGGGGCUUCAUGAUGCGGGAAUGUUGACGACUAAAUUCGAGGAGAGUUUGGAAAUCGCCAAGGCGGUGAAGGAGAAGAAGGAGCAAUUGUAUGAGAAGGAGAAAGUGGUAGAAAACAAGGCUUUGAAGAAGAAGAUUGAGCAAUUGGAGGGAAGAAUUAGAGGUCUACAGAGGGAGCAUUUGAGGGAAACGAGGUGGCUGGAGUUCGGGUGCGCGUUUUUGAAGGCUGCUACCGUUCUUUUUGGGGGGCUCGUGUGCUACGAUCUUUCUGUUGCAAGAAACAUUGAAACAAACAAUUGCGGAUGCUCUGGAAGAAAUUAG